AAAUAAGAUGAAAUAUCUAAAUAUCUGAGUUAUGUGUGAAAUCACUAAAUAACACCACAAACUUUUGAAGUGUUAUCGAAAAGAGACGGUACAAUUGGAAGUAUAGAAAAGAUAACGAUAAUUCGAUCCACAUAAAUUUGAUAUAUAGAUGUUGGAAGUUAGUAUAGAAAAGAUAAUUGGUCCACAUAAAUCUGAUAGAUAGAUGUUACAAGUUGAAGUGUAUUUGAUCAAGAAGUUGGAACUUUGAUUAAGUGCAUCUAGUUGAAUCCCAUGGAGCCAAAUUGAUUUGAGCUGACACUUGUGUUCUUUAAAUGUUUGUUUGGAUUUAUUGAAUAAUAUUGUCGAGAAGGGAGGGAAGAGGGGAAUCGCUUAGGGUUUAGCAUUCCUGGAGACCUUUCUCUUAGAUCAAGAGUCGGCUUCCAGGCAAUCUGCUAUGAGUUGCUAGCAGAUUGUUUCAAAUGGCUGAAUGCAUUAAAAUUGGUAGCCAAAGAAAUGGCAAUUACUCGGUGUAUAUGAUAUACUCGGAUUCUGUUUCUCUGUAAUUGGUAGGUUUCUGCGGAGAAACAGAAGAAGACCACAAAGAAACACUGAGCCUGGUGAGUACGGUGGGCUACGAUAUGGCUUUCAUGUUUGCAUACAGCAUGAGGGAGAAAACCCAUGCUCACAGAAACUAUGCAGAUGAUGUCCCUGAAGAAGUCAAGCAGAGAAGACUGACGGAGCUGAUCGAGAUAUUCCGUGAAAGCACAGGCCAGUGCUAUGACUCCCAAAUCGGAAGCAUCCAACUUGUCCUUGUAGAAGGACCCAACAAGAGAGCUCCCGAGACGGAGCUUAUGGGCAAGAGUGACAGAGGCCACCGAGUUUCAUUCGUCACUGUGCCAGUUCCAAACAGGACCGCCGAAGACGCUGCUGAUCAGCAGCAGCAAAGGAAUCCUGUUGUUGGUGACUAUGUCGAAGUUCGGAUCUUGAGAUCCUCACGCGCCUCGCUUUAUGGCGAGGCACUUGCCAUCACUAAGCUGAGCUUGUUUUACAGUAACACGGUGGAGAACGAGGCUGUGGCCUGUGCUGUCUGAUUGUUGUAGCACUUGCAAAGUUAUCAGAACAGGCUUGUUUGCAUUUUGCUUGAUUUCAAGGUUCUAAGAAUAAUUCUGUACACCUCUCAGAAGGAUUUUUGUAAAUGUUAUGUUGAGCUAUAUGGCCAUACUGUUUGUUUAUCACUAGCUGUUUAUGUUCAGAGACUAGACUAGUCUAAUGGAGAUCUGUUUCGGAAGACCCCAGCUUUGGAAAUACUAACUGGGGGCACCUGAUCAUUGUCAGUUUGACCUGUAUGGCGAAUCCUAGAAUAUGACACUGUAUCCUACGUGUAUUUUUUUUCAGACGGACGGAUUUUUGGUCCAAAAACUGGGUAGCCACUAGCCAGGCCAUUGAAUAAUUCCUCAUGCAGAUAGGAUCAUGAGGAAACAGCUAAGCGAGGUGGAAGAGAGAGAGAGAAUGAGAUGGGAAGGUGGCUGAUAAAUAAGAGGUGAUGGUGAUAGUUCUGGGUUUGAUGAAGACAAGUCGAUGUGUGUUUUUGGAUGCGUCUCCACAACUUAUAGCAGUGAAAAGGAAAUGGGCCCAGAGAGCAGAUAGAGAGAAGGGGAAUAGGGUGAGCUGACAAUUCAUCCACCAAAAGGCCCAGUGGGCUUCCUUCACGUGCCCCCCCGCUGCCCUCCCACUCCAACUUUGAGAUGCGUGAGCCCUCAACCGAGUCCUCAUCUGAUCCAAUGUGGUUACAGACUUACAGUUAGGAAUUAGCAAGGGACCGUGAGUGGUUGGUUAAUCCGCGGAUUGAUAUCGAUCUAUAUGUAAAUAAUUCGAAUCCCACAUAGUGGAUGAGUGAUGUGGGUGGUGUAAGAAAAUGGUAUAAGAUCC